AUGUACCUGCUGGGCGCGUACUUGCCGGACCACAAGCUCGUGCGCAUUGCCUUGACAAAUUUCUAUGGUAUCUCGUACGAUACUGCGCGCCGCAUUUGUGCCCGUAUCCAGGUGCAUGAGCGUGCGACAGUAGGGUCGCUCACCGAGGCCCAAGUUACCGAGCUCUCUGCCUACCUCUCGUCGCCCAGUCUGAUUCCAGCGCGAUCCGCUUCUCCAACACGGGCGAAUGUAGAUGGUCCGGUGCCGCAGGCCAAUGCCUCUGAAAAUGCCGCAGACCUGCCGCCGUCGCAGCGGCCGAAUUCGGGGAUGGACCCUCUUCGCUCCAUCCGGAUUGAGGGUGACUUGCGCAGGGAAAUGCUGGCAAAUAUUGCACACCACCGCUCGAUCGGCUCCUAUGUAGGUCGCCGGCAUGCGGGCGGUUUCCCUGUACGGGGUCAACGCACGCAGCGCAACGCUCUGACGGCGCGCCGGCUCAACCGCCUGGAGCGUCGGCAGUUCUCGACGGCAUCGUUGGUAGAUACCUUGCGCCCUCUGGCGCGUGCGCGCUUUACAUAG